GCUGCUCCGUCACGUGACUGACUCCUCUCACCUGCUGCACGGACGGUCACCUCAGAGCUGUCACCAAGACAACCGGGAGGAGGACGACACUGGAGUGAGGAGAACGGGUCAGCAGGGCGGUAGAGUGCGAGCUGUGUGUACAAGGCACUAUGGCGGAUGUAAAGAUGGUAUCAAGCCUGAAUAUUGCAAAGACUAGGGAGCCUCCCUAUAUGACAUCCCUCCUCCCCCGAGCAGUGCCCGCAUUUGUCCUACCCCCAAGGAACACCCGAGUCUCUUUGGGAAGUACAGCCAAGAUUGAUGGAAAGGUCCGGGGUUGUCCAGAUCCUCAGGUCACAUGGUACAGGAGCGGACAGCCGGUUAUAAGUGGUGGUCGCUGCGCUGUGGAGCAAAGUGCAAGAGGAACUUUCUGCCUCACCAUAAAAGAUGUCACCGCAGAUGAUGGUGGAAAAUAUACGUGUGAAGCCGCCAAUGAGGAGGGGGUGCGACAAGUGACCAUCGAACUCACUGUUGAAAGUAGCUCAACCAUGAAGUACAGUUUGCCCUCAAGAAGCGUGGGGAGCCCGUUUGCUGUCCCUCCGAUAGAAAACCGGCCUAGCAUUUGGGGAGAGUGUCCUCCUAAGUUUGUCACUAAACCUACUCGCGUUGUGGUGAAAGUGGGUCAGACCGGAAGAUUCUCAUUCAAGAUAACCGGGCGUCCUCCACCCACAGCCACUUGGAGCAAAGACAAUGUGGAGCUGCAGAGCGGAGAGCGGUACAACAUGUACGACAAGUCCGGGGUUUACUUUCUGGAGAUUCAAGGAGCCUGUAAAGCAGAUGCCGGGAUUUAUACCUGUUCUGUGGUUAAUAGUUGUGGCAGCAGCGCAGCGUCUGCAGAGUUGAUCGUUCAAGGUGGUGACAGGAGUAACGGAAUUUCUCCAGUUCUGAAAUCCCCUGUAACUUCUAAAAACAAGAGCAUUACAGACAAGAUAGAUCCUGUCCAGAGUGUUUCCUCGAUGCCUUCCGUGUCCUCGGUGUCUCGUUCUUUCCAUCCCAAGAGUGAGUCUCCAGGAAAGCUGGAGAAGGAUUUAUCUUCACCUAUCCUGAGUACAGAAAGCUCUGGUUCUCUACGUGACCUCUCCGAAGGGUCCAUAAAGAGCACUUCCUACACAAAACCUCAGGUCACAAGUUCUACCAAAGACUCACCGUCCAUUGUCUCCCAUUACAUCUCCAUUUUGGAUGCAAAGACUAAGUUGUCUUUGCCUAGUGAAGAACCUGCAGGCCACUCUGUAAAGGAGAAAUCACCUUCCUUAGAUUCACAAACUCCCACAGUGGCUUCACGUUAUAACAUAGAGUCAGUGGUAAAGCCAUCCGAGACCCCAAGCAGGCCCACCAAAGAGCUGAGCACAAUCACAUCCAGGUACAAAGGUAAUAUAGAGUCAAAAAGUCCUGAGUCUACAGCGAAAGGAGCGAUGACCAUAAAGGAGACGUCAUCUUCUCAGAAAUUGCAAAAGGUCCCUGCACCAGCAACUGUGGAUCUGGGACCUAAAGGGCCGGUAAAGCCCAGUGUGGGCGAAUGUACAGAUGGUCAUCAGUCAGUGGGUUCAUUUAUGGUACAGAGUUUUGAUUCAGCACCUAAGAAUCCUUUGAAUAUGUCUACAAAGGAGACUUCACUGAGAUCCAGUGACAAGAAGAAUUUAACUCCAAUUGACCCCAAGACAGCUCACAUUACAACCAAGGAAACCUGCCUGAAAACUACUUCUCAGCCUGUGCCCAGAACUGACCCGACUGAAGAACCAGCCCAAAACACCUGCCAGUCAGUGAAAAGCAUCUCUCUGAGGAAAAGCUCCCCAUCAUCUUCAAAAUUAUCCCAGAAGGGAGAUAUAGACCCAAAGCUUCGUAGUCAGCGGAGUCCUGGAGGAGUUUCAGAGGUCCCCAAGUCUCCUGCAGCACCCAGAGACAUGAAGGGUCCUCAGAUAUCAUCCAGCACCAUCACCUUAAAAUCUGUAAAGGUUCAGCCCCAGCCUGACUCUGACAAGACCGUCCACGGAAAAAGACUCAAUGAGGAGAAGCCGAGCACCAUGUCCCGAUCCCAGAGGGCAUCUAACCAGAAGGGGGUGGAGAAGGCUCGGAUGCCCAACUCUGGAACAGCUCCAAGCUUUGACUUCGCUCCAUCUAGUCUUGAGGUGUCUGACGGCAGCAAAGUGGUUUUCCAGUGUAAAGUGUCAGGAGAACCUCCGCCUCGUCUGGAAUGGUUUAAGGAUGGCUCCCGGGUCCAGGAGAAGGAGGGCAUGCUGCUCAGAGAAGGAUGCCGCAUUUACUCUUUACACCUGCUGAAAGCUCAGUCACAUGACAGCGGCACCUACAGCUGCCAGAUCUCCAAUGUGAAUGGUCACCAAUGCUGUACGUGGACCCUGAAGGUGAAACGCUUUGAGCCCGUAGAAUUUUCUCCGAGCUUCCUUCAGGUCUUAAAGGGUCGCACCUUGAUGGAAGGACAGGACUUGGUUCUGAGCUGUGCCGUUCAGGGGGAUCCGAGACCCGAAAUCACCUGGUUGUUAAAUGAUCAGCCCAUCCAGUAUGCCCGCGCUACAUUUGAUGAGGGGAUCGCGGAGCUGACAGUGUUAGAUGCUCUUCCAGAAGAUCAGGGCGUCUACACCUGUCUGGCGCAGAACCGCUGUGGCACGGCCUCCUGCAGUGCGACGGUGACUGUGACCGAAAGAAAGUCACCUGGAAAGCUGGAAAGUUCCAAAUCUGUGGCUCCCAAUGUCGGUUUUGCUCCAGUUUUUGUGAAAGGUCUCAGUGAUCUUCAUGUCAUGGAUGGAAGUCAGGUUGUAAUGAGUGUGGAAGUGUCAGCCCACCCACCAGCAGACAUUCUCUGGUUCCAUAAUGGUAAAGAGAUUCAGGAGACUGAAGACUUUCACUUUGAGCGGAGCAGCAGCAACUUCUGCCUCUACAUCCAGGAGGUGUUUCCUGAGGACACUGGGAAGUACACGUGCGAGGCUUGGAAUAGCCUGGGUCAGGCCCGGACCGAGGCCAUGCUGACCGUACAAGAGCCACAGGAGGGGACUCAGCCCUGGUUCAUCAGUAAACCUAAAUCUAUGGAGGUUGCAGCUGGUCAGAGCGCACUGGUGUCCUGCGCCAUCGCAGGAGAUCCCUUCCCUGAGGUUCACUGGAUCAAAGAUGGACGAGAGCUGAGCGGUUGUGAGGUUCUGCAGAACGAAGACGUCUUCACAUUGAUCCUAAGAAAUGUUCAAGAAGAAGAUGCUGGAGUGUAUCAAAUCCGACUGAAGAACGUGGUGGGUGAAUGCAGCUGCCAGGUGUCUGUGAUGCUGCAGGAGGACGCAGCGGCGGGCAGAGUGCUCACACAGCAAAGGGAGCAGCCGGGAUUUUCGGAAAGAGAUGGAUGCAAACCUGACAAUGCAUUAAGAAGUGGAGGGCUUACCCAAAGGGCUGAUGAUCAAGAGAGCAUCCGUGGCGUGCUCAAGAGGAGAGUAGAGGUUAAGGAACAUACUGAGGAAAAACUCCGGCAGCAAGAAGCGGAGCAGCAGGACUUUCGGAAUCUCCUGGGAAAGAAGGUGAUCACCAGAACCGUUUCUGAGGAGAGCCUUAAAGACGUCUCUGCAGAGCAAAUGGACUUCAGAGCCAACCUUCAGCGACAGGUCAAGCCCAAGGCCUUGUCGGAGGAUGAGCGCAAGGUCAACAGCCCACAGCAGGUGGAUUUCAGAUCAGUACUGGGGAAAAAGACUCCUGUCUCUAAGCCCCCUGUAGUGGAAAAGACUCCGGUAAAGGCUGCAACCCCUGACUUCAGGUCAGUGCUAGGAAAUAAGAAAAAAGUGCCAACAGAGAAUGGAAACGCCAACAGCAGCAACAGCACUGAGCCCCAUGAAAACGCCAAAGUGAAGCCGCUGCUGAGAGAUGAAAAGCCAAAACCUGUGGUCAAAGAGGAAAAUGCCAAGACGGUGGUCAAUCAGGAGAAGGCAAAGUCUCCAUUCACCCAAGAGAAGUUGAAGCCUUCUGCCCUAAAGGAUGAGAAGCAGAAACCUGCAACCAAGGAGGAGAAUGCAAAACCAGUGACUAACCAGGAAAAAGUAGAACCCCCGACAAAGAAGGAAAAUGCUAAACCAACCAUCAGCCAGGAAAAGGCGAAAGUGAGCGUCAAAGAAGAAAUCGCAAAGCCAGCAGUAAAUCAGGAAAAGGCGAAGCCCUCAGUCAAGGAGGAAAAGUUAAAACCUGUGGCUAAUGAAGAUACUGCCAAACCCCCAGUCAAGGUAGAUGCUGCUAAGACCUCCGCUGCGGUGGAGAAUGCCAAGCCUGUGGCCCAGGAGGAGAAGAUUGAACAGAACUGUGUGUCUGUAGUGGACGGAGAUGUGGAGAACAAGACGAGUGCGGCAGGGACCCCACCUGUGUUCUCCGAGCUCCUACAAGACGCCAAGCUGGUAGAUGGAGAGAAGCUGGUUCUACAGUGCCGGGUCACCUCAGAGCCCCCGCCGACCAUCACAUGGAUCCUCGAUGGCAAAGUCAUAAAGUCAUCAAAGUUCAUUGUGCUUGCUCAGCAAGGCUCCUUAUGUUCUCUCACCAUUGAAAAGACCUUCCCUGAGGAUGAGGGGCAGUAUAAAUGUUUAGCUGAGAAUUCAGCUGGAAAAGCCGAGUGCACCUGUAAUGUGACUGUAGAAGAUACUUCAGAUAAAACCAAGAUAACGAAAACUAAGAAGCCUAAAAGCAAUGCUGCACCUGGCAUCACGUCAGAAAAUGAAGCCUUCAUUAAGAGGAAGCCACCUCAGAAGACUCCCUUUAAAUCAGUUUCUCCGCCGCAGAUCCUUCAGUUCCCAGAAGACAGGCAGGUCCGAGCAGGAGAGUCUGUCGAGCUGUUAUGCAAGGUUGGAGGGACUCAGCCCAUCUCAUGCAUGUGGAUGAAAUUUAGGAAGGAGAUUAAAGAGAGUGAGUUCAUUAAGAUAGAAAAGACGGAGGACACCUGCAAACUGACCAUCUCUUCUGCGCGGCAAGAACACUGCGGCUGCUACACUCUGGUUGCAGAAAAUAAACAUGGCUCCAAGCAAGCGCAGAUCAAUCUGACCGUGUUCGAUAAACCGGACCCUCCAGCGGGUCAGCCGUGUGCUUCCGAAAUGAAGGGCUCGGCGCUCACCUUGUCGUGGUACGGAUCGUCCUAUGAUGGAGGGAGCGUGGUGCAGUCCUACACAGUGGAGAUCUGGGACUCCGUAGAUAAGACGUGGUCAGACCUGACGCAGUGCAGAAGCACCUCCUUCAACGUGGAGAAUUUACUACAUGACCGGCAGUACAAAUUCCGGAUACGAGCCACCAAUGUGUACGGAACCAGCGAGCCGAGCCAGGAGUCCGAGCCGGUGGAGUAUAAAGAGAAGAUAGAGCAAGAACACAAAGAUGAAGCCGAAGUUUCAGAUGAUGAGGACAAGGAGACCGAACAGGAAUACAGGAACGUCGUAGUAAACACCACACAGAAGGUGGCCGACUUCUAUGAUGUGGAGGAGCGGCUGGGAACGGGGAAAUUCGGACAAGUGUUCCGCAUCGUCGAUAAGAAAACUAAGAAGGUGUGGGCCGGAAAGUUCCUUAAGGCUUAUUCUGCCAAGGACAAGGAGAGUAUAAGACAAGAGAUCGACAUCAUGAACUGCCUGCACCACCCCAAAUUGGUACAAUGCAUCGACGCCUUCGAGUCCAAGAGCGACAUGGUGAUGGUGCUGGAACUGGUCUCUGGGGGGGAGCUCUUCGAGAGGAUCAUCGAUGAGGAUUUUGAGUUGACGGAAAGAGAAGUCAUCAAGUACAUGAAGCAGAUAGCGGAAGGCGUAGAGUUCAUUCACAAGCAAGGCAUCGUCCACUUGGACCUUAAACCCGAGAACAUCAUGUGCGUCAACAAGACCGGGACCAAAAUCAAACUCAUUGACUUUGGCCUGGCCAGAAGAUUAGAAUCCACACCGAAUCUUAAAGUGUUGUUUGGGACCCCAGAAUUCGUGGCCCCCGAGGUGAUCAAUUACGAGCCGAUCGGAUACGCCACUGACAUGUGGAGCAUUGGAGUCAUCUGCUACAUUCUGGUGAGCGGUCUGUCUCCGUUUAUGGGUGAUAACGAUAAUGAGACUUUGGCCAAUGUCACCUCAGCGACCUGGGACUUUGAUGACGAAGCUUUUGAUGAGAUUUCAGAAGAGGCCAAGAACUUCAUCAGCAGCCUCCUGAAGAAAGACAUGAAGAGCCGCUUAAAUUGUACCCAGUGCCUGCAACAUACCUGGCUGCAACAAGACACCAGCACUAUGGAGGCCAAGAAGCUGUCCAAGGAGAGGAUGAAGAAGUACAUGGCGCGGCGGAAGUGGCAGAAAACAGGGAACGCGGUGCGAGCUAUCGGGCGCCUGUCGUCCAUGGCCAUGAUUUCUGGGCUGGGAAAUGCCAGGAAGUCGUCUGGAAGUUCCCCGAGCAGCCCCUUGUCCACAGAGGCAGAGACCAAUGAAGAGGACAACCAGGCUUUCCUGGAAUCUGUAUCUGAAGAACGACCUCCCUCCAAGCCGGUGUUCACCAAAACCAUGAAUGAUAUGGAGGUGGUAGAAGGCAGCGCUGCCAGGUUUGACUGCAGGAUUGAAGGUCAUCCUGAUCCGGAAGUGAUCUGGUACAAGGACGAUCAGCCCAUCAAGGAGUCGCGUCACUUCCAGAUUGAUUAUGAUGAGGACGGAAACUGCUCCCUGACCAUCUCUGAAGUUUGUGGGGACGACGACGCCAAGUACACCUGCAAAGCCAGCAACAGCCAGGGGGAGGCGAGCUGCACCGCCGAACUCUUGGUGGAAGUGAUGGCGGAAGAGGAGGAGGAGGAGGAAGAAGAAGAAGAGGAGGAGGAGGAGGAGGAGGAAGAGUGAAUUAUAUUCUGUAUGGGACAAUUUUCUAGCCACAAACUAUAAGGGGACUAUGAGGGUGCCACCUGAAUCCCAGAAAGACACUCAAAGAAGCUGGAAGCCCUAUUCCACCCCACUGUCUUCAGACCACGUCCUCCGCCUGUAAUGCCCUAUACCCGGGGAGUUUUCUCACCGCUCACUCAGUAUAUGCAGAAUAAACACUCUGAUCUGUCAUAGAGAGGGGAACACGUGUUUCUACAAAAGAAAAGACUCCCUCUGACUAGAAACAUAUUAUCCAGCAGGGGAAGAUGUGACCGGCAGCGAUACCAUGUGGUGGGUGGAUAUCAUGAGAGGGACGUGUGUUAUGGGGUUAAUGGAGCAGAUACAAUGUAACAGAGGUGGAUCAGAUACAGUGCACAAUGAAUCGUAGUAGUGUGAAUGACAAAAGGGCAUCAAUUCUAUUGUAGUGUGAAUGGGGGGUAUACAGUGUACCAUACAGUAGCUUAUAUGAAUGGGGAGAAUACAAUGUCAAUGGAAAGAUACAAUAUAACAGUUAUUGGGGGCGGCCAUACAUUGUAGUGUGAAUGGGGGGUAUACAGUGUAUGAGAUAUAGUGUAGAAUGAUACAUUUUAUUAUAAAUGGCUACAAUCUGGAGAAGAUACAGUGUAGAGUAGUAGACACAAUACAAAGUAUCCUAUAUGGAGGGGGUGAUUGAAGGUCGUACUUGUUAGUGUGAAUGUAGGGGAUACAAUGUAACAAACAGAGUGUUAUAGUGAGACUGGAGGAGAUACAGUGUUGUAUACUGAAGUAGUUACUGUCAAUGAUUGCACCUUGUAGUCCGCACACCCCCGGCAGAGCCUUUCAUGAUCAGGACCCCUUUUGAUAACCUGCCUGAUCCUCCUUUACUGGUCCAGGGUCUUCACAUUCCCGGCAUCCGCCCUAUUAUGAGCCGCAUAGGAGCCACUUGUGCCCCAUAAAAAAUCUGUUUAAAGUCCCUGUAAGUACAGAGGAAUAUCCAUAGAAGCCAUUAUAUUGUGGGAAGAGGACCCACCUCUGAUCAGUGCGGGAACAUGGA